AUGCCCGUCAACCAAAGCCCAUCAAACGCAGUGAAACUCAACCCAGACUCGCUCGCCCAGAUCGAGCACAGAUACAAGAGCGAACGCAGUCAGCGCCUCCAACACCGCGGCCGAAUCCCCUCCGUUGACCUCCUGACCAGCGAGCGAUUCAGCACGCUCGCCCACGACCCCUGGGCCAACAACAGCGGCGAAAGCAACAGCGCCUCGUCCCCCCACCCGACAUCCACACGGGUCCUGAUCGUCGGGGCAGGGUUCGGCGGGCUGCUGUUCGCGGUCCGGCUGCUUGAAUCGCAGGCAUAUGCAGCGCGGGACAUCACCAUCAUGGACACGGCGGGCGGGUUCGGUGGCACAUGGUACUGGAACCGGUACCCGGGGAUCAUGUGCGAUGUGGAGAGCUACAUCUACAUGCCGCUGCUAGAGGAAACGGGGUACGUGCCGGCGAUGAAGUACGCCUCUGGCACUGAGCUGCGGAGGUAUGCAGAGGCUAUUGCGGAGAAAUGGGGUCUCGCGCGAUGUGCAUUGUUCCGGACCACGCUGCGCAGUUUGCAGUGGGAUGAAGGCGACAGGGGCUGGAUUGCGCGGGCGGUACGGGAAGGCGCGCAGGACGGUCUGUCAUCUAAUAUCACUUUGAAUGCUGAUAUGGUGGUUCUGGCCUCGGGGCCGUUCUCGGGACCGCAGAUCCCAGACUUCCCGGGUAUAGAACGCUACCGGGGCGACUUGAUUCAUGCAUCGCGCUGGGACUAUGGAACCACCGGGGGAUCGGCGGAGAGUCCGGCGAUGCACAAGUUAAAGGGGAAGACCGUUGGCGUGAUUGGGACUGGCGCAACUGCUGUCCAGGCGAUCCCGCACCUUGCGGCAUGGGCAAAAGAGCUUAUCGUCUUCCAGCGCACGCCUUCAGCCGUCGACUGGAGGCACAACCAGCGUACCGACGCUGAGUCCUGGAAGCAGAUAUCGGCAAAGCCCGGAUGGCAGAGACGGCGCAUGGAGAACUUCAACUCCUUCACCUGCAACGAGAACCCACUGCCGGCUGAGGAUCUUGUAGGCGACGCAUGGACCACCAUGCCAUCGUUCAGCGUGCUGGUCGGCGGGCCGGGGAACCUGGAAAAAGACUAUCUGAGAAGAGUCUCCAUGACAGAUCAUGAACGGCAAGCUCGAAUCCGCAAUCGAGUGUCCCAACUCGUUUCAAACAGCGAAACCGCAGACCUUCUCCAGCCCUGGUACCGGGGUUGGUGCAAGCGCCCCUGCUUCCAUGACGACUACCUCCCCACAUUCAACCGAGAGAACGUGCAGCUGGUGGAUCUACGCGACCGAGAAAUCACCGGUUUCACGGCGCACGGCGUCCUGGUGGAGCAGAGACAGUACGCAGUGGACGUAGCGAUCCUCAGCACGGGCCAGACGUACUGCGGCGCCGCCAGCCCAGCCGAAAAGGCCAAGAUCAGCGUCCGCGGCCGAGGCGGGAAAUCCAUGGCGCAGAAAUGGGCUACCAACCCGGCGACCCUGCACGGCGUUGUUUCGGCGGACUUCCCCAACCUCUGGUACCCGGGCCCCCAUCAGAUCGGGGUCUGCGCGAACCAGAUGUAUGUUCUGGACCAGCUGUCUAGACAUGUGGCGUAUAUCAUCUCAACGGCCUUGCGGCAGGCGGGACCGGGGAGUAAGGUCGUCAUUGAGCCCACGGAGGAGGCGGAGGGACGCUGGGCGGAAGAGAUUGUUCGCCGGGCGGGAGCCAUGGCGGGUGUUGCCGGCUGUACGCCGGGCUAUUACAACAAUGAUGGGGAGAUUGAUCGGCCAAAGGACAUGGAGGAGCUCAUGAGGGCGGCGAGGCUGGCCCCUUGGGGGGAAGGUAUUGCUGGGUAUGUAAACGUGCUCGAGGAAUGGAGAGCUGGCAACGAUUUGGAGGGGCUUGACAUACAGUAUUAUUAA